GGGAGCAGGCCUGCUUGACCCACGGGAGGGGGCCACCAGGGGGAAGGCCCUUCCCAUUUCUGAGCAAUAGAACUUCUGCUUUGGACUGAGAGCAGCUGGCUCCCAGCUCCUGUUUCCACUGCUGCCCGGCUCUGUGGCAUCAUAGGACUCCAGGUUAACAGAGAGCAACUAUAGUGAUGAAGACCCUGAGGAGUGGCAACUCUGCACUGCUGCUGCUGCUCCUGGGCAUGCUCGAUGUGUCCCAGGCUCAGGGCAGCUGCAGUGGGCACCCAGCCAUCCCGGGCAUCCCAGGCAUCCCUGGCAUACCAGGUUCUGAUGGCAGCCCUGGAACUCCGGGGACAAAGGGAGAAAAAGGGCUUCCAGGACUAGCUGGAGACCAUGGUGAGUUAGGAGAGAAGGGGGACCCAGGGAUUUCCGGGAAUCCAGGAAAAGUUGGCCCCAAGGGUCCAGUGGGUCCCAAAGGCUCUCCAGGAUCCCCUGGAGGGCCUGGGCAAAAGGGUGAAUCUGGAGACUACAAGGCCACCCAGAAAAUUGCCUUCUCUACCAUGCGGACGGUCAACACCCCCCUGAGGAAGGACCAGGUCAUCCGCUUUGACCGGAUAGUCACCAACGUGAACAAUAACUAUGAGCCUCGAAGUGGCAAGUUCACCUGCCAGGUGCCAGGACUCUACUACUUCACCUACCAUGCCAGUUCUCGAGGUAACCUGUGUGUGAACCUCAUCAGGAGCCAGGACCGUGCAGAGAAAGUGGUCACUUUCUGUGACUAUGUCCACAACACUUUCCAGGUCACCACAGGUGGCGUAGUCCUCAAACUGGGCCUGGGGGAGCAGGUCUACCUACAAGCCACAGAGAGGAACUCCCUGCUGGGCAUGGAGGGAGCCAACAGCAUCUUCUCAGGGUUCUUGCUCUUCCCAGAUGCUGAGGCCUGACAUGUGGGUCUGCUUCAAUGUCCCCUCCCACCCUGCCUCUACAAGCAAUGCUCCAGUUGGUCCCCAGUCACACCCCCACCUCACCAAAACACACAGAAGGGCUUUAUGGAUGUUGCCAAAUGAAUGAAUAAAUAAACAAAUUCUUUUAACAUCAAGGAA